AAAAAAAAAAAAAAAAACACCCAAAAAAAACCCCAAAACAAACCAAACAAAAUUCUGACAAAGAUGCAAGAUGUAGAAUUAAAAACUAAAGCUUUAUAAGUCAUGAACUCUUCAUCUCUGUUACAAUAAGUUAUCUUGAGAGAAAGGAGCAAGUUAAUUCACAAAACUAAAGGAUACAAAACUUAAAUUUGGUUUUCAUAUGCAGACAGAAAAUUUAACAAGCAUGAGUUUUAUUCACUUGCUGGAUUUAUAAUAACUAGGUUACAAAGAUGAAAUGGAACAGCCCUAUGACUUUUUCUAAUGUCUGUGACUAAAAUACUUCCUAAAAUAUGUUUCACAAACUCUGUAAUCUAAUUUAUUCCUCAAGUAUUGACCCACUGGUUAAGACUUCUUGAAAUGUAAGAAAAAUACUGGCAAUAUAUGUUUUUUUGAGAACCUGAGUAAUUUUUACAAUUACCUGUUUUAGUUCAGUUCUGUUUUGGGUUUAGAAAGUUAGAAGAGCAACCUUUGUGUGUGUUUGUAGAAUUGUGAGACCAUAGAAAUGACCAAGAAUAGUUUCACUUUCUCUUCCCAGAUGAAAUAAUCACCACUUAUUAGGGUAUUUUCUAAACAGAUGAAUAGUUAGAUGAAGUAUAAAGCAUUUUUCUAGGUUUCCUUGAGCAUAAGGGAUGCUAGAGCUGUAGGAAGGCUGGCUAGCUGUAAAACUUGUAACAUUUCUUGCUCUAUACAAACGGAGUAUAUUGCUACAUAACUAGUGCUAGCACUGUGAGACUAACACCAUAGAGACACAGAGCUCAUUGGGAACCAGUAUUUAUGAUUAGGGAAAUUUGUUUUCCAUUGUUUUUAUUCUCCAUUAAAAACAAAGGUCAGUGCUUCUGCAGUAAAAAAUGCAUUUCAUACAUAUAAGCAAGUUCGAAUCAGCCUUCCCCUCCUUCACACUUUUGUCUGUACUGCUGUACAGAGAAAGAUAUACAGUUGAGGCAUGGAUAGCACACCCUAGCAAGCCAGUGUCCACUUUAAAGCUUCUGACUGUCUUACAGGCUUAAUAAACACAACGCACUUAAACAUCAGUGGGAUUUUAAAGCAAAGCUUCUAAGUAAUAGUUGCAAAAUUACCAAAAUAUUUUCCUAUACAACCUUCAUGUAGGUUUCACUUCAACCACCUCUUGAUUCAUGAUCAUCUCUAAAGGAGUGCAGAAGUUUUCCCAGGUUUGUCCAUGGCACAUGCCACUGGACUGGGGAGUGGCACCACUUUCUCGGGGAUUUUGGUGUAGCGGACAGGGCUGCAGAACUAGGCAAUGAAUCACUUUUGGGUUGCCCUGUGUUUGCAGAGCAGUUUACUGAUCACAUGCCAUACAAGCAAGCUUGGACGUCAUCUCCUUUAUGCGAAGUAGAUCAACUGUGAGUGGCUCUUCUGAACCAGCGUGAUCUUUCAGCUAUGAGUAAUGCAGGCAUUUCAUCUGGCCUUGGAACUGCUCCCGUGAGGCAUUCGGACUGCAAAUUUGGCAAUCUUAGCUUAGAAUAAUUUCUUGAACACAACCCUUUGUUCCGGCGCUCCCGACCUCUCAACCCGCCCGAGCCCGCCACCGCUUCCCGUGUCCCAGCUGGGAGCGGGGGCUGCUGGCUGGGCUCUAAUCCCCGUGGGGCCGCGGGCGCUGCCUCGGCGCCUUCUCCUCCCCUUCCCGAGCUCUCCGCUCCCCACUCGGCGCUUCCCACCCCGAGCCGCCGGGCCCCGGCGCGCAGCCCCUCCGUGCGGCAGGAGGGAGGCCCGGUGCGACUCUUCGCCGCUACAGCCUCCUGUGGGCUGCGUUCUUCAGCCCCGCGCCGCCGCAACGGACGGACGGACGGACGGACCGACAGACGGAGUGACGGACGGAGUGCGAGCAGGAACGCGCGGCCAUGCGGCCCCGGGCGCUGCUGUGCGCCCUGGCGCUGCUGUGCUGCCCGCCGCCCCGGCCAGCCAUUCCAAAUAACAGCAGCAUACCACACAUCAGAAGUUUUUCCAUGCGUCUUUCUUCCAGUCCAGAGGCUGAUCUUAUUCCUGUUGAUGGUGAUACUGAAAAUGACUUGGAAGUUGGAUCAGGAGCCACCAAUCAGACUGCAUCAUUCCUACCUGAACAACGAAUGAUGUCAGUUCAAACAGCAAGAUACCUCACUAGUCCGUGGCUGACUCGUUUUGUUCCUUCAAUUUACACCCUAGUGCUUGUGCUGAGUCUCCCUCUGAACAUUACAGCAAUACUUGUGUUUCUGAAAAAGAUGAAAAUUGAAAAGCCAGCUGUAAUAUACAUGCUGAAUUUGGCCCUUGCAGAUGUUCUCUUUGUAAGUGUGCUUCCAUUUAAGAUUGUUUAUCAUUUUUCUGGAAAUGACUGGGUUUUUGGGCCUCAGAUGUGCCGUUUCAUCACUGCUGCCUUCUUCUGCAACAUGUACUGCUCAAUAAUGUUUAUGACGAGCAUAAGCUUCGAUCGCUUCCUAGCAGUGGUGUACCCCAUGCAGUCCCUGGGGUGGCGUACACUAACUCGUGCCUCACUGGUUUGUUUCAUAAUAUGGCUUGUAGCAAUAACCGGGGUUAUACCUUUUCUCCUACGAGAGCAAACAAUGGAAAUACCCAGGUUAAAUAUAACUACGUGCCAUGAUGUGCUGAGAGAAUCCGAACUUCACGGCUAUUACCUCCACUUCUUCUCUGUCUUGUCUUCUGUGUUUUUCAUAGUGCCAUUUAUAAUUUCUUCUGUCUGUUAUGUGUGUAUCAUUCGCUGUCUUAGUUCUUCCACCAUUGUUGCAAAGCAAAAUAAGAAGACACGUGCCUUGCUCUUGUGUGUGACUGUUUUUUCUGUUUUUGUUAUUUGCUUUGGACCAACAAAUGUUCUCCUCUUAAUUCAUUAUAUCCAUUUUUCAUAUGACAACAGCUUAGAGUAUCUCUACUUUGCCUAUCUACUCUGUGUUUCUAUCAGCAGCAUUAGCUGCUGCAUUGACCCCUUUAUUUACUACUAUGCUUCUUCUCAGUAUCAGAGGCAAUUUUUCAGUCUCUUCAAUUGUAAAAAGACUUUUGAUCCUAACAGUAGUAACAGCAGUGGCCAGUUGAUGUCUACCAGUAGUACUAGAAGGGCUACAUUGACUACUAAUGUGAAUAACAGCGUCUACAGAAAAUUACUAGCAAUGCAUUGAGAUAAUGUGUCUUCAAAUUGUUUAAUUUUUACACAGUUACAGACCAGAAAGGGGAGUGUUAUAUCCAAGAAAUGCAAAACCUUAAACCAAGUUAUUGUAUGAUACAUAGCUUUAUGGAUCCAAUAUAGUAAUACACAAUUCAAAUUAAAACUUUGUAUGUGUGUGUGCAUAGAUAGAUAUAUCGAUAUAUAUACAUAUAUAUACAGAUGUAUAGUAUAUGUAAAUACAUUAAUGUAGAGGGGAAAAAUAAUUUCUUAAUAAUAGUUGUUGAGUGUUUUUCAAAUAAACUUUUUUUCAGACAAA